CACAAACAAACCCACGCAUCAAAGUUACUUUCUACUAUAUUAUAUUUCUACUGUAAACGUCACACUGCGGCGCCAUCUAGUGGACCCCUUUGAGAACUGCACGAUUCCAGCCCCAUAAAUCAAUUUAACCGAUUAUCUGUUGAGGCCCUAUGAAAACAAAAGUAACGUAAUAUUUAACACCAGUAUAUCGUUUGUUUGUUAAAACCUUCGAACGUGUGAACGCCAAACAAACAACCGUUGCUGUCCGUUGGUUAAACCCUCAUCAGCAGUGACACAACUCGCUCAGUUUAGACCUUCUUCUACUUCGGAAAGCCUUUCGGUAAAAGCUCACCUGUCGCGGUGCGGACACAGGUGAUCAUUCUCCGGGUCUUGUGAAGCACGAUGGAUCCCCGUGAUGCGGAGGAGCGGCCGGCCCGAGGUCAAGAGGUCGACAGUGGGGAUGAAACGGACAAUGGCACCGGUCAGAAACACCGCUCGCCCCCCGCAGAGUGGUACCUGGAGGCCUGUCGGUGGACGGGCUGCGCCCCGGUGUCCUCCUACCUCCGUCAGCUGGGUGAAGCCAACCUCGACCUGAACCACUACGGCGUAGGACGCCUCGGAGCCAAAGCCCUGGCCGUAUCUCUGCGAAGGGACAACGCCGUCACCAACCUGGAGCUUGAGGACAACGCGCUUCAGGCCGAGGGGACGCGCUAUCUGACGGAGAUGCUUCAAAUAAACGAAAGCAUCGAGAGUCUAAAUCUUUCCAACAACCAGCUGCACCUUGAAGGAGCACAGAUCAUCUCCAAAAUGCUAUCAAUUACCUGCAACAUAACAACCCUAAAGCUCUCAGGUGAUUGGCAAAGUCUUUUCCCAGGUGAACAUAUUUGUGUGUGCACCUCUGCAAUUAGUGAGUUUUUAUUUUUAACGUGUACUUUUCUUCAUGCAGGAAAUCAUUUUGACGAUUCUGCUGCUAAAUACUUGGCCGACGCGUUGAAGGUUGACUAUAUAGUCAAAGAGCUGGAUCUCAGUCACAACAACAUAUUUGAUGCAGGAGGAGAACACCUGGGUCACAUGUUGGCCUCCAAUGCGGGUAUACGAGUGCUAGAUUUGACCUGGAACCACCUCGGUACGCGUACCGCCGCGGCUUUGGGGGCUGCACUGAAGGUGAACUGGACCCUGCAACAGCUCCAGCUGGCGUGGAACGGUCUUGGACCUGCCGGGGCGCAGUCGCUGGGUGAAGCGCUGGAGCAAAACAGCACGCUGGUGCUGCUGGACCUCAGCAGGAACCUCGUCGACGACCGGGCGGCGGCGCUCCUCGGCCAGGGCCUCGCCACCAACGCCGCCCUCGGGGUCCUCCGGCUGUCCCGUAACCCGCUGACGACCAUCGGAGCGCGGUCGCUGCUCCGGGCCGUGACGGAAAACCCCAACUCAGCCCUGAAAGAGAUGGACGUUUCUACAGUUUUUGUUUGCGAGACCUUUGUGGAGCUUUUGGAAGAAGCCCGUCAGAGGCGUCCCGGUCUGGAUGUUCGGCACAGCGUCAUGAGCUCCGUCACCAGGAACAUAUCAGCCCUCCGGAUCUUUCACAAAUUCUUCAAAGAGCGAAAUGAGAGCAUCAUGGACUUCUUCCGGAGUUUGGAUGAAAAGGGAACCAAAAAAGUGCCCACCAGUGUUUUCAGGAAGGCCGUGAAGGAAGCCAACGUACCUCUGGACCGGCGGCAGAUUGAGUGGUUGAUCAAGAAGUUUGAUGAGAAGUGCACAUGCAGCAUCGUCUACAGGUCAGUCUCAGUAAUACUAAUAAUAUAUAUUAUUUUUUAAACUCAGUAAUAACAAAGAUAUAUAUUUUAAGGGAAAAUAGAAUAAACAGAUUUAAGUUAAAGAUAUUAGUUUUAAAGGGAAAAAAAAACAAUCAAAUAUUAAUUUGCUGAAAUUUUGAAACUUGAAUGCAUUUUGGAUUUCAUUGGUUGAAGUGGGACAUUUUUUUUUGUUUCUUUUUCAAACGAAACUCCCUCUUUAGUGCAUAAGCUGCUCAGUUAUCAUAGAGAUGCUUUAUUAAAUGUAUUAUGAGUGAAAUUACUUCGAUUCUUCGCAGCUAAGAUCUUGUGAACACCGUUCUUUG